UAAUCCACUUCCUCCACUUGAAGAAGCGCCAUUUUCGGCGUUGUCAUACAGCAUGUCGCUAAUGUUUAUGACACAAUAAGAACGAAUUUCAGUGUUUGUUAUUAUACGUUAGCUUUCCAAGUACUAUCUGAAAGAUGGGMCGAAAGAAGAAGAAGCAGAUGAAGCCAUGGUGCUGGUAUUGUAAUCGAGAUUUCGAUGAUGAAAAGAUCCUCAUCCAACAUCAAAAGGCCAAACAUUUUAAGUGCCAUAUAUGUCACAAGAAGUUGUACACUGGUCCAGGGCUGGCAAUCCACUGUAUGCAGGUUCACAAAGAGACCAUCGACGGGGUCCCCAACGCUAUACCUGGAAGGGUAGACAUAGAAUUGGAAAUCUAUGGCAUGGAAGGAAUUCCAGAGAAGGAUAUGCAGGAGAGGAGACGGACAUUGGAACAAAAGCAGGAGAGCCAGAAGAAGAAGCAGAAUCAGGACGACUCUGACGAGGAUGACGACGACGAUGAUGCUCCAGGCCCUUCGUUCGUUCAGCAGCAGAUGCCUGCUGCCCAGCCCCAGGCUAGCUACGUCCCUCCCAUGGCCCAGCCAGGCAUCCUCCCCGGGGCCAGGGCUCCAGGCAUGCCACCAGGAGCUUACUCAGGAAUGCCCCCUAUGAUGCCAGGUCACGGUGUCCCGCCCAUGAUGCAUGGGAUGCCCCCUGGUAUGCACGGAAUGCCACCAGGCAUGAUGCACGGGAUGGGAGGGAUGAUGCCUCCAAUGAUGCAAGGGAUGCCCGGUAUGCCGCCAGGAAUGCCACCACACAUGGGUCACCGUCCUGGUAUGCCCCACAUGGCCCAGCCCCCCACCCCGGCAGGGAUGCCCCGGCCCGCCGCAGCAGCCCCUGCUGCCGUCAGCAAGCCCCUGUUCCCCAGCGCAGUACAGAUGGGCUCUCAUGUUCCAAACACCAUCACAGCCUCUCCCAGUAGCACUGCAGACUCUCAGUCUGCUGCCUCUAAGCCUCUGUUCUCUAACACUCCACAAGCCCAGCAGAGUGCCUCUGGAGCUGUGCCCCACAGCGCGCCCUCCACCUCCUCUGACCCUCCCAAAGCAACAUUCCCCGCCUACACCCAGUCCUCUGCCUCCUCAUCCUCCUCUAAUCCCCCUAGUAACACUGUGGCCAAGCCCCCCGCCACAGUGACCAAUAAGCCAGCCACCCUCACCACCAUGAGUGCAACCAGUAAGUUGAUCCACCCUGAUGAGGAUAUCUCACUGGAGGAGCGACGGGCUCAGUUGCCCCGGUACCAGCGUAACGUGCCCAGGCAGGGGCAGGUUCACAUGUCUGCCCCUCCUGUGGCGGCCGUGGGCGGCAUGAUGCCCCCACAGCAGGGCAUGCCUCCGCAGCAGCCUGGCAUGAGGCACCCCAUGCACGGUCAGUAUGGUGGUCCCCCCCAGGGCAUGCCUGGCUACAUGCAGGGUGGGAUGCCUCCGUAUGGGCAGGGCCCUCCGAUGGGAUACCAAGGAGGGCCUCCCAUGGGCAUGCGGCCCCCCGUCAUGUCUCCUGCGGGACGAUACUGAAGCAGUCGCAACGACCUGACCCCUCACUAGGUUUGGAGGUUAAACCUUUUCUCACCUUGUGCUUUUUAAAACUAGCCCAAGCCAAUGAGCUGUAAGACCAACCAGUGAUGGUGAAGAAAAGUAUUGAUGAAAAAAWAUAUAUAUACGCAGCACACGGACAUUUAACAUGACAUCUUUAAUGGGGAAAAACAUAGAAACAACAAAACACACAAAACAACUUGAUGAUAAUGACAACUUUGUCGUUGUGCAGAUUUGAUACAUGUAUGGUGUUUUUCUUAUGUUUCACUCAGGUUUGUAGAAGUGAAGUGUGUUAAAUAUGGUUCAUAUUGUUUUGACUGCUCYCUGCUGGAGUAACAUGAUCGUAUCGCCCUCCCCUUACAAAAAGGCAAGUUUCCUGUAAAUAUAUGAUUUUCUGUUGUGUAGAGUAAGUCGGUGACGAGGCCCUCACAGCACACUUGUGUGUUGUUGGACGCCCUGUCCCCAACCGUAUGGUUGGUGAGGGUCCUCCUUUAUGAUGACGAUUCCAACUGUUUAGUAGUUUACCACCAGAUCUAUGGAUUAUUAUUAUUAUCUAUCAGUCUCUAGCUUCAUUCUUAUUUCAGGUUUAUUCCAUGAUCAAAAGGGUAACUUGUUUGAAUUUAUUCUCUGUACUGUUUUAAACAAUCUAUGUUGUAAUAAAACUCACUUAAAAUCCAACACUGUUUUCUUCCUGACCCGUGGAUGGGGAUGAGGCUUCAUGAAGGUUUGUACCAUGGAGGUUAGUACCUUCAUCAUGAAGGUUUGUACAUAAAUGUUGUAUUUAUGAAAUAUUGCUCAAAUAAUAGAAUGUCAACAUUCCAGAUCUGGUAUUUUUAAACAUGUUUUAAUAUACAAAUAGUCUUGAUGCAGAUAAGUUUAUAGCCUGAUGUUCUUUAAUAAUAGUAAUCCAAUCAUUUAAACCUGCACCCUGAAUCAGUUUAUCUUCCUCACCUUAGGUUCACUAACAUUUGCAUGCAAGUGCUCUAUACUCUGUGUGAGUAGUUGAUGAUAAAUAUACAUUUUACUUGAUGUUGGGUGUAUUUUUCCUAAACUACCUACUCAUGUCCUCUGGGUGUCUAGCUUUUCAAGUCAGAGGGCCUUAUUUGGUGUUAUUCCACUAUGGUGCAUCAGUGUUUCCCCUAUAUGUAUUUAGCAGCGGCACAACGCCGCUGCUAAACCGUGGCCGCCACUGCAAUUUUUUUUUAAAUUAAAUGACUAAAACCAGGAAUAUAGAAACGAUAAUGGCGCAAUAUAUUUUUGAGAACUAAAAAUCGCCAAAAUAAGGACUAGACAGUUGGAGAAUGUAAAAUAAAAAAAUGUCAUGAUAUAGGGCCCCUUUUGAUUUUGUUUGUCAUUUAGAUGAAUUAGGAACAAUGCAUAAGCCAUUGUAGAAAAUGUAGCUUUAAAACUAAAAUGUUCAUGUCAAAAUGUGUAGAAUUGCAGAAAAUUUGUUUUAGAACAGCUACAGGUUCUCUGGCCGAGAGGAGGGCCGCUAAAAUGUGCCAUUUGUCAUGCCCACUACCCCCACAUGCUAACUUUGCCACCGCUGUUGGAAACAAAAAUACUGGGGGAAACACUGCAUAGCAUAUUAAAAUCGAAAAACCAUUACUUUGAAACUUUUUGUAAGCCCAUGUCUAUUUUGAUGGUAAUGUCCUUAUCUGCUUUUCAGCCUAAAACACAGAUUUCUUGCGAAACAGGUCAGUUAUAUCUGUAAGUACCCAUUCCCUUACCAUAGUGUGGCUGUAUCUUGCACCGGAUGUACCGUUUAGUAGUAACUAGUUAUUGAAUCUGAAGUAAUGCAUUUUGGGAGUUUUUCCAAGAUUUGUACAUUGUUUUGAGUAUUGUAGAGUUAUUCUAAAGUACUUGCUCAAGAUUUGUUACACCAUUUGGUUGCAUACAAAUGUAAUGAAUGUUGAAUGCUGUGGUGUGCCAUUGUUGCCUCUUUCUGUCUGAUGGUGAAGGGGGCUGUUCGGUGGAAACUGGACACAUUUUUACCCCACUCAUUUGUAUUUGGUUUGUUGGAUGUCGUCGUCAACACUCGUCCGAACUCCUCUUCCAACUCUCGCAACAAUGCUCAAAACUGUCUUGGAUGUGCUGCUGUCAUUAAUACCUUAAACUGUUACUCGGAUUAGCGUCACCAUUAUAAUUGAGUUCUCCCCAGUUAUAAUUGUCAACAUGCAUCCUAUAACGUUCUUUUAAAGGGAACAUUGGCCUGUUUGUUCAUUAACUAUACAUUUCACAUAAAACAAAUAGACAUGUUAUUUCACAAGACAAUGUAGGCAGUAUCACAGUUUCUCUCCACUUGCUGAUGUGCAUAAAUGUAUCCUAAUGUAAAAAUCCAAAUGCUUUGUAUCAAAACACACUAUUAUAAGAAUAAAUCAUGUGUAUUGUG